AUGGAAAAUGUUUUUAAGACCCCCAGGACCAAUGACAUCUUUAACUUCUUCAGGUACAAAAUGUUGAUACAUAUACGUACCCAUACCAACGAAAAGCCACAUAAAUGUUUAAGAUGUGGGAAAUCAUUUUCCAGAUUAGAAAAUCUGAAAAUACACAUGAGGUCACAUACAGGGGAGAAACCAUACACAUGUCCGUUUGAAGGCUGCAAUAAAGCAUACUCUAAUUCUAGUGACAGAUUUAAACAUGUUAGAACUCACCAGGAAGAUAAGCCAUAUAUCUGUAAGAUGCCAGGCUGUAACAAACGAUAUACUGACCCUAGUUCACUAAGAAAGCAUGUGAGAACGCAUGGACAUAACUACAAGGAAGCAAUCAGGGAGAACGGUAACUUUACAAUAUCAGAAUCAAAUGUAGCGCAAGAAAGCAAUAUGGAAACAAUCAGAACUAGUAAUGCUCAUUCCUGUGUUGAUAUGUCAGGUAAUAUAGCCGUGCCGCAUACAAAAAUGGGAAAUAAACCAUCGGGAAAAGUUGCGCGUCAACACGAAGGUUCGGGAAUACGUUUGAUUAACAUCUCUAGUCUCAUUUCAAAUCCACUACUUUCAUCUACUAUAGUCCCAGUUGCAUCUCAUGGAAUCAUCUCACAGACUGAGGUUCCGUUAGAGUGUUCUAUUAAAACACAUUCAGUGAACACGUCAUCAAAUGUACGUCACAUAGAAAACGUCAAGAUGAUAUUGCCAAAAAGUCAAGAAAUUCCACUAGACCUUUCCACAUGUUCCAGUUCAUCUGAAUCCUGCGCGACAGAGGCAGAAAUUUCAGCAUCAAUGCAGAGCCCAAAAAUAGAAAGUGGAAGCCCAGAGAUUGGAAGAUGGGAGAUUAUCCAUAUGUCAUCUUGAAAAUAUGUUCAAUAGAUUUACUGUAGAAUUAAGAAUAUUUUUUUUGGUUUUUCCCAGCUAAUACUGGGGUACAAACAAACUUUUAGUAACAGCUUUGAAAAUAAGCAAAACAGGUUGAGUAAUGUAUUGUGACUGGUAGUGCCACGUGAUAUGGUGAAGCUACAAAGUUUAUUUGUAUCAUCAGAUUAGCUUGGAAAAACCCACAUUUGCUGAGUUACUGAUAACAUCUAUUGUCUUUUGAAAAUCUCUACAAAUCAUUUCUUUGUUAAUCAUAUUUUUGUUCAUCUAAAUUGGCAUUGAUGAAAAUUUACUAUAAACACAAUGUAGCCUGUUGAUAACGCAUAAUUCUUUACUUGUGUUUGAUAUAACAAACAGUAUUAUUUAAGAGUUGUAAUGUUGUUGAAAUCUUUUAAAUGAAAGUAUAAAAAAAGUGUGGUUAACAUCAAAACAUGAUAAAUAUGUUUUAUUAGCAUUAGCAGAAAGGUGUUUGAACCUCCUCAUUUUUUGCUGUACAGUAAAACAUGUAUACGUUUUCAUUACAUUUAUGCCUGGCAGUUUCGUAAAAAUUAUUAAAUAAAAUUUGAUAAAACAACAAAUUUGAGAUUGUGGAAGUAUAUGAUACUGUUAAUUGACUUAUUAUGAGCAAUUUGUUUAUUUUAACUUUACCACUUAACAUGCUGAAUUUGUAAAAUAUCAAAAUACCAAACAUAAUCUACUACCAACGGUAUAGCUGUUGUUCAAAUUAAAGUGAUGUCAUAUUCUUAAUUCAAGAAAAUAAGUGUCAUACUUAUAAAUAUGUUUACAUGCUAUCAUAACAGAAUAAGAAGAAGCAUGUUAGAAUAUCAAACAGCACUAAAGACAAACCCCUCCCAUAGUAUAGAGCCUAGUUAGACUGCACAAACGGGCAGACUGGCCUGGCUCUAUACUGGUGGCAAAGGCAAGUCAUUUUACAUUCCAGCAUGUUUAGGACCUGGUAGCAAUUUACUGAAGAUAAAUCAUUUGUUUAAAAAGGAUGUUAAAAAGUAAUUGUUGAUGUGUGGAAAAGAAAAUACUAAAAAAAAUCCUCAUUUGAGCCGAGCCAUGACAAAAUCAACAUAAUGGGUUUGCGACCAGCAUGGAUCCAAACCAGCCUGCGCAUCCAUGCAGUCUGAUCAGGAUCCAUUCUGUUCUUUAUCAUUUUCUCUACUUGUAAUAGGUCGGUAAGCGAACAGCAUGGAUCCUGAUCAGACUGCGCGGAUGCGCAGGCUGGUCUGGAUCCAUGCUGGUCGCAAACGCACUAUGUUGGUUUUGUCGUGACGCGACCCAUUUAUUGUAUAUAAUUAUUAAAAUAUGACAUGUUUACUUUGUACAGUGUUAAAUGAUCUGAGUGUUUAUUUAUUGUUGGUGUGAUAGUAUAGAAGAAUAAUAGUUAAUAAAUGAUUUAUAUGACAGGUUUUAUUAUGAUAACAAGAAACCCUUGAUCACAUAGAAGUAGUUGCUUAAAGUGUGUGAACAAUUUCUGUUAAAGUCUAUAUUAACGCUAUAUGUUACAAAAAAAAUUAUGAAUUAUAUUAACAGUAAAAUUAUGUUGUUUCGAUUAUCGUACUGUUGAUUCUACAAAGAGUUGUGACAUAGACUGUAAAUGUAUCUGUUAUUUAACAUGCAUAUUGUAUGUAAACAGAAUAAAAUGUUCCAGAAACAUACUAUAAGCUGCUAUUAUAGAGAAUGGUUCUAAUUGUUAGCAAUGAUUUUAUGCAUGUGCCUUUGGCUCCUAAGUAGAUAUGUAAGCAUAUUUUUUCUCAUACAGGUAUUUUGCUUGUACACAUUUUCUGAAUUAAAUUAAUAAUUUUUGAAGCAAAUAUAAAGCUUUAUACACUUCAAAUUUUAAUGUCAAUCAUAUUAUCAUGUUGACUCAUACUUAAAGAAGGUAAUAAUGUUGCAAUAUUGUAUAUUGAAAAAUUUAUGGAGUAAAUUUUACAGGGUAAUGUCCAUUUUUAAGAGGUCUAUUCAGUCAUCUCUUAGCAACCCAAAUUUUCAAAUAUGUACAAUGUACAUUAAAAAUCAUGAUAUGUCUUAUUUUCCCAACUCACUGUUUUUGCAUUAAAAAAUAUGUACUGACAGCAAAUGUUUGAAUCUUUUUCUUGCAUAUUACAGGCUCUCCAGUGUUUCUUACUUUUUCAAAAGGGCUCCUAAGUUUUUCUAAAAUCCUAAGUUUUUCAUUUUUUUUUUCUUCUAAAAUGUUUUUCAGUAUUUCUAAAAUCCUCCUAAGUUUUUCGCAAACGCUCUUUGUAUUCCUAGUUUUUUUUUAUCAGAAAAAGCUAUUUUAACAUCAGCAUGGCCCCCUUGAAUAUCAACUUACUUUGCUCACUUAAUGUAUAAUUUCUUGAAAGAAUUGUUAAUGAAUGUUAAGUUCUAAGAUAAAAUGUUGAUAGAAUAUCAAUGAAUAAUAUUGCACUAUGUUGAAAAUAUAACAAGAACUUUUUAUGUUUUGUGUCAGGCUUUUCUACUCAGACUAUUAUAUUUCAUACACUUCUUAAUGUUCCAUAUCUUGUUUUAAAUAAGGCUAAUAUUCAAAAUUAGUUAAUUGAUAUUGAUAUCUUCUUUUGCUUAUUUAGUGCAUGCAAACUAUAAUUAUUUUACCCAUUGCUGGCCUAGAUAUCCUUGGGGAUGAAAAGUUAGGUACAGGUCACUUGAAUCGGGGCCAACUUAAUACAUGUGUAUUCUGUAAAUUCAAUAUGGAGUGUUUGAAUAAUGUGUGAAACAUAUUUACUUUAGUAUAUUUUAACAUCAUUUUAUCUCUAUAACCGAGGAAAAGUUAUUUCAUUAGAAUCACAAGUAAAAAUAGCCCGAUAUCUAUACAUUACAUUAUUGUGGCAGAACUUACUCUUAGGAUCACUAAAACUUGUUCAAUUAUUUUAACAAUGAUAAUAUUUUGUUAAUGACUUGUACUAUUUAAAUGACUAUUACAACGUGCAGGGACUUCUAUUUUUUCUGCUAAAAUCUUUUACUUUUCCCCUAAUUUUCUGUAAAAUUUAGUUUGAAGGGUUUUUUCUAAUAUGUUUCUAAAUAGCUUGGUAUUAUACACAUGUGUAGUGUGGUCAACUGUAGUUCAAACAAAAAGAGUAGGAAAACUUGGGCGACUGUAUCAGUCACCCAGAGAACACAUUAUAUAUUUGAUUAAGCACUAUUUUCUGACUAGUAAUUUGAAUGAAUUUAAGCUGCAGGAAUGAUGUCUUCGCAGACAUGUGACAUAUCUGACACACAGAGUCUAGAGAAAGACAUUUUCUUGCAUUGUUGCAAGGGCUAGAAUAUAUCCAGUCUAAUAUUAGUAAACCUGCAUCUGCCGUUAUAAAUUACUAGAGUUAUUCUUGUUUUACAAAUUAAAAUAUGUAGAACUUUUCAUCUUAACAUGAAACUUGAAUUGGCCUUUUGUAAAUUUUGCAUAAAAAAAGAGUACCCUGGCUUUGAUAAUUAUACAUAGUGAAAAUCAUGGACAUUUGCUCUUGUAUGUUGUAAAGAAUUAUGUAUUGAAAUGUAUGACAUGUUUACCUUAUCUGUGAUAUCUUUGUUAUGUAUAAAUCUAGGAAUAAAAUAAAGUGAAAUCAGUUCAG